CGGGCCGCUUCCGGUCCGAGCCCCCGGAACCGCCGCCUCUCGGGGAUGGACGGUCAGACCCUACGAAAGGCUGAGAGAAGCCGGUCGUGUUCCCGGGAGAAGAAGGAGGCUUACGCUAAGGACAUGGUGACGGACUUUGAUGAGAAACAUGAUGAGUAUCUGAUCCUGCUUCAGCAGCGGAACCGGAUACUGAAGCACCUGAAGACCAAGGACCCCGUGCGGCUGCGGCUGGAGCACUUGGAGCAAGGCUUCUCCGUGUACGUCAACGGGGCCAACUCCGAGCUGAGGCCCGCACCGCGCAGGGCCCUGUACUCCGAGCCCUCCAGGAGCGCCUCUCUCGCCGAGGGCGGCCACGAUCCUGGUCGGAGAAACCUGUCCCGAGAAGGUGAAGACGCUUCCCGGCUCAGCUCCUGGGCCGCCCCCAGCAAAGCCCAGCGCCGAGGAUGGCACCAGAAGUCAGUGCAGAUCCGAACGGAGGCCGGCUCGCGGCUGCACAUCGAGCCCCCACUGGACCCUUCCGAGGACGCUGAGCCCCGCGGGGACGUGGCCACCAGGGCCAGGGAUGCCUCCGAGAACUGUGCACAGGGCAGCGGAUCUCCCAGUGCCAGGCCGUGUGACUUUAACCUCCUGAGCACGCAGGGCCGCCCCGAGCCCCCUGGCAGCCCCGACGGAGAAAGGGCCCUCCUGACCCUGCGGGAUGUGAUGGAACUGAGGAAAAGCCUGGAGCUGAGUGUCGAUCUGCAGCGGGAGCCACAGGACGGUCCCAGUAGUGACGAGUACGACUCCAUCGAGGAGGACGUGUUCUCAGAGCCUGAGCCGGAGGACCAGCCCGGGGACGUCCCCGCGCUCUUCAGUGGGGACCGGGUGCAGGAGUUGGCAGAAGACCCCGAGACAGAGAGACGCCCUCCCCCGGGCCCCGACUCCCUCGUGAUGCUGGAAUUCAACCCAGCUUCCACGGGUGCUCGCAAGGAGAGGAUCCUGUCCGCCAAGCGGAAGGAGAACGCCGAGGUCUUCCUUCCCAGCAAGUCGGAGCCGAACCUGCACCCAGUGGCACCCUCGGUGCUCCCGGACCAGGAGAAGCCGUGCUCAAGACCCGGAAGCCGGUGGGAGAGACCCCUCUCAGCCACCCGAAAGCCCGUGCUGGCGGCGGAGGACCGGGAGGAGGAUGCCUCGGCGGUGCUCAGGGCCAUCCAGGUGGAGAAUGAAGCGCUACAGGAGGCGCUGCGGGGCAGGAAGGCUAGCCCACAGCACGCACAGGCUGCAGACGGACCUGCUGCCCGCCCGUGGAGUGGUCUGCAAAUGGACAAGGGAGAGAUGGGCGAGUGGCUUCCCGCAGUGCCCUCGGCCACCAGCCCGCAGGAGCCGGCCAAGGCGGCAGGGGGCGCCCAGGCUGUCGGCAAGGCCGUGGACAGGGCCGGCCGGUUGGAAAGCAGACAGCAGCAGAAGCUUCUCAGAGUGCUCCAGGCCAUCGAGAGUGACCCUGCCCACCUGGGCCAGCUGGUGUCACCCCCCGAGGAGCCCGUGAGGGACCCAGAGGGCCCCGGGAGACCGGACGCCAUCUACGUGACCAUGGAGAUCCUGUCCAACUGGGGCCACCCCACCUGGGUGGGGCUCCUGGAGGUCGAGUUCUUCGACCAGAGCGACACGAAGCUCUACGUGUCCCCUCACGACGUGGACAUCCGGAACACGGACGCGCCCGGGGACCUGGGCCAGCUGGUCAGUCGGCACUCCGCCGGGAAUGAUGCGGGCAGGAGCACGUCCUCCCCGUGGCUGUGCCCCUUCCAGCCGCCCCUCCAGCUCUUCUUCAUCCUCCGUAAUACGCUGCAGCUGCCCAGCUUCCGUCUGGCCAAGAUCAAGGUGUGGAACUACUGGACAGCCGAUGGGGAUCUCGAUGUCGGUGCCAAGAGCGUGAAACUCUAUGUCAACGAAAGUCUCGUCUUCGACGGCCAGUUAGACAAGGGGGCGGGCGAGGCCCCAGCCGGGCAGAGCAUCCUGGUCAGCCUGAAGAGGCCAGGCCAGGCCAGGCCAGGCCUGGGUGAAGAUGGUGAAGACGCCCAGGAGCUGGGCGGCACAGAGGGGGCUGAGGCUGGCAGGGGCGCGCCAUCCCCUGGAGCAGCAGUGGCUGGAAAGGCGGCACCAGCAAGUGUCGCCAGGGACCAGCUGGAUGCCCCCGAUGGCAUGAAGGCCGGCGUGUCCAAGUCUGAGGGCGAGUUCAGCAUGGCCGCCGCCAUCCCUGCCCCCGCCCCUGCCCCGCCUGGGGAGGGCGCCACCCCCGGCCCCGAGCCGACUCUGACCCAGCAGCUGGAGACCCUCAUGGGCAGGAAAGCCUCGAAAUCACAGGGCAGGACGCCGUCCUGGCUGCAGGCUGCCCCCGCCGCCCCGGGCAGGAAGCCCAGGCCCCUGUGGCUGAGCCCUGAGAAGCCUCUGGACUGGAAAGGUCCUGGGACGGGGCUGUCAGACGCUGACGGCCCGGAGCAGGGCCGGGCCAGCAGCUGGGCCGCCGCCACCAUCCCGGGCGAGAGAGCCCAGCGGGGUCCGCCCCGGGGCAGCCGCGAUGACUUCGACCUCAUCUUUCAGCAGCCGUCCCCCCGGGAGCCCCCGGCCAGCGGGAGGAGGGGCGGCUCCAGGAGGGACUCUAACCUGAGACUGUCGCAGGACCAGCCAGCCGGCCGAGACGUCGCCAGAGCCCCGGCCCUGUGGCCCAGCGAGCAGGAGCACCAGCUGCACGAGUCGUGGGACUCACUCAGCGCCUUCGACCGCAGCCACCGGGGCCGCAUCUCCCUCGAGGACGAGUUCCAGGGCGACAUCCUGGACGAGUUCCUGCAGCAGCAGCGGGGCGGCCGGCACGGGGCACCACCACCACUGCCGCCGGCGCCGGCCCAGGAAGAGGGGAGGCCGGAGUGCGCACCCGAGGGCCGCCCCCUGGGCCCAGACGAGGCUGGGGAGGCCGACGCGGACGACUUCCAGAUCCCCGUGCUCCCCUACGGCCAGCACCUGCUCAUCGACAUCCGGUCCACGUGGGGCGACCGGCACUACGUGGGGCUGAACGGCAUUGAGAUCUUCAGUUCCCGCGGCGAGCCCGUGCGCGUGGCCAGCAUCCGGGCCGACCCCCCCGACAUCAACAUCCUGCCCGCCUACGGCCGGGACCCCCGCGUGGUGGCCAACCUCGUGGACGGGGUCAACCGGACGCAGGAUGACAUGCACGUGUGGCUGGCGCCCUUCACGCCGGGCCGGGCCCACUCGGUGGCGCUGGAGUUCGCGCGGCCCUGCCAGGUGGCCCUGAUCCGCGUGUGGAACUACAACAAGUCCCGCAUCCACUCCUUCCGCGGCGUCCGCGACGUGGAGAUGCUGCUUGACGGCCGCUGCAUCUUCCGGGGCGAGAUCGCCAAGGCCUCGGGCACCCUGGCAGGAGGCCCCGAGCACUUCGGCGACACCAUCCUCUUCACCACGGACGAUGACAUCCUCGAGGCCAUCUUCUGCUCCGACGAGACCUUCGACAUGGACGGCGAGAGCCUGUGCGGGCUGCAGGGCGAGGAGGCUCCCAGGAGGCCCAGCACGGCCGACGGCGCGGGCGACGAGCGGCCCUACACCCAGGCCGGCCUGGGCGCCGAGGACCCGGCCCCAGAGCUGGAGCUGCUCGCCAGCACCCCCGUCCCCGAGGCCGCCACGCCAGAGCCAGGCAUCUACCACGGUAUCUGCCUCCAGCUGAACUUCACGGCCUCCUGGGGGGACCUGCACUACCUGGGGCUCACGGGCCUGGAGGUGGUGGGCAGGGAGGGCCAGGCUCUGCCCAUCGGCCCGCACCAGAUCUCCGCCUCCCCCAGAGACUUGAAUGACCUCCCGGAGUACAGCGACGACUCCCGGACGUUGGACAAGCUCAUUGAUGGUGCCAACAUCACCACGGAGGACGAGCACAUGUGGCUGAUCCCCUUCUCGCCGGGGCGGGACCACGUGCUCACCAUCCGCUUCGACAGGGCCCAGAGCAUCGCGGGCCUGCGCUUCUGGAACUACAAUAAAUCUCCCGAGGACACCUACCGCGGGGCCAAAAUCGUGCACGUCUCCCUGGACGCGCUGAGCGUGUCCCCCCCGGAGGGCUUCCUCAUCCGGAAGGGGCCCGGCAACUGCCACUUCGACUUUGCUCAGGAAAUCCUCUUCGUCGACUACCUCCAGGCCCGGCUGCCGGCCCGGCCCACGCAGAGGCUGGAGGCCGAGAGCACGGAGCGGGCGAGCAUGGACUACGAGGCACCGCUGAUGCCCUGUGGCUUCAUUUUCCAGUUCCAGCUCCUGACCAGCUGGGGGGACCCCUACUACAUCGGGCUCACGGGCCUGGAGCUCUAUGACGAGCGGGGCGUGAGGAUCCCCCUCUCAGAGAACAACAUCGCCGCCUUCCCCGACAGCGUGAACGCCCUGGACGGGGUGUGCGGGGACGUGCGGACGCCUGACAAGCUCGUGGACCAGGUGAACGACACCAGCGACGGCAGGCACAUGUGGCUGGCGCCCAUCCUGCCCGGCCUGGUGAACCGUGUGUACGUGAUUUUUGACCUGCCCACCACCGUGUCAAUGAUCAAGCUGUGGAACUACGCCAAGACUCCCCAGCGAGGGGUGAAAGAGUUUGGGCUCCUGGUGGACGACCUGCUGGUGUACAAUGGGGUCCUGGCCAUGGUGGGCCACCUGGUAGGGGGCAUCCUGCCCACGUGUGAGCCCACCGUGCCGUACCACACCAUCCUGUUCACUGCGGACACGGACAUCUGCCACCAGGAGAGACACACGGCCAUCAGUGACCAGACGGAGGACCAGGAUGUGCAGCUGACGAACGAGAACCAGCUCAUCAGCAACGCACGCAGGAAGCCGCGGCCCGGCGCUGAUCCCGCCCUGCGCCCCAAGACCUGCAUCAGCGAGGACAGCCGACGGUGGCGGUGCUGACCUGGCCGCAGGGUCCCCGGCCCUGCCUCUCCCAGGCCCUGCCUUGGCACUGCCCCUCCC